CUUCGCGGGAAGAAGAAAAACAUGGCGACAAUGGCGGAUUGCUUUCCAAAAAGUCCAGAUCCUAUUUCUCGACACCGUUCGCAGUACAAGUGUAGCACACCACCGUGGAAAGAACAAUACAGAAAGGUAUUUCAAGGUCAUAUGCCAUAGUUAUUUGUCUGCGUGUAUUUUAUGUGAAGCGAAACAGGAACGUACAGUGCAACAAUUGGAAGUGUGUCCGAUAUGACUCUUAAUUAAGCUAAAUUAGUUUAUGUGUCUUUGUCCAGUAAUGCCUUGAUGAAGUGAAAUAGUCAUGACUUGUUAUAUUGUUGCUGUUUUCAAAGAGAUGCUUGGACAGACUCAAAAAUGGAAGACAGAGAUGUGUGGACCGGUUCAGGCAAGGCAGUAAGACUGAUCACUCCUCCAUGGUGAACGAAGUGAUGAAUGAAGAAUGGUUGAGACUUAGUGAGGAGAAUAGUGAGCUUCCUCUGUGGCGCCCAAGUAGACAGUCAUGCACACCUUUUGCUGGGGUGAGGACGGACUUGUCAACACGAAAAUGGGUGUUACAGUAACAUGAAUUCACUGGCUUGAAAAAUGACUUCUCAAACUCAUUAAUAAUUCACAAAGAAAAUACAAAUGAGAUUAAUGUUUAAUGAGUGUUUGGAAUUCAGAUGAAAAACUGCCCAUUUUUGCUUCCUCAAUUUCUCCUUCUAAAAUCAUUUCGUUUGAGAAGUAAUUUCAAGCCUUCGAUACAGUGUUUCAUCACCAGAUGAAACACCAAGAAGAGAGUUGAAAAUAUGAUGCGCCGCACUGCGUCUCAUGCUUGAUAUAUCACAUGACACUGACUCACCCUGCCAGCUGAGCAGAGCCUCCUUUUUUCUUCUUCUUGAUCGAGGACUGGUCCCGUUCAUAGUUAGUUAAGUGCAAUGGUUAUCAAACCCGUUAGACUCCUUUGUUAUAUGUUUUUGUUAGCUUUUUUAGACCUGACCAUGCACAGCAUUCCUAUCAUUUUGAAAUUUCUCACCAAUAGGAACAUAAUUUGCAUUAAUUUAUCCAGUCACAAUUUGUGAACAAAAAACAAAGGAUUUUGCAUGGUCAGGGAGCUUCCAACAUAAACUGCAGCACUGUUGUUUUCAACUUUGGUAUUUACUGGCUUUCAUAACCAGUCUCGAGCUCCUCUUCUAACUAAUUGCCCUACUGGGAGGGAAGGGGGGCGGGGGGCGGGGGGCGGGUAUUAAAGAGGGAAGUGCACUUAAGCUUGGGUAGGAUGCUGCUGCUGAGCCCUUCAAAUGCUAAUGUCUUUUCUUUUCCCCCUUUUUAAGACAAUACACUAUGCCUUAUUGCCAACGAGCCAUCUGAGCGAAGACGCUCGGAUGGCGAGGCGGCAGCAGAAUAGAGCCGCGCAAGACUGGGCAAUAGGCAGAAAAAUUCUCGAUCGAGCUGAAAAAAGUGUAACCCAAUGUAAUGUAGAUUCCCCUGAGACCAAGUGGUCAGUUGUGAACCAAUCAAAAGGCAGUACCUGGCGCACGGGCUCAAGUUGAAUAGCAAACAAAAUUUCACACACUUCACACCGUCGCGACUUCCUGUGUUUCUUUACCUAAAUUUUUUCGUUAAACCCGGCCACCGCAGUCAAGAGACAUGAGCACUUGAUAUAUUCUAUUAAUUUUAGGGGCCAUAAUGUUAAAUUUUAACGAAAAGAAGUUUGUAAAACAGCAAAAGUGUUCUAUGUGCAGCAAGCAAUAUUCUCACCACUAAAAAGGAUCAGAUUACACGAGGAGAUAAGGAAAGCUUGACACGAAGAAUGCAGUCGCUUCUGUUGGAAAAUCUGGUGUUGGGGAAAAAAUCUAACCAGCAAACAAAAACAAUGAGAACAAAAACGAAUUACAAGCCUAAAGCAAACGACAAAGGAAAAGAAAACAACGCCAUUUUUUUCGAAACGUGGCCGAGUUCAGUAUAAAAAUAAUGAACUAAAAUUAAAUACCGACGUGCCGUACAUCGCUUGUCCUUGGAAACAUUUCAGAUGGCCCAGCGAAUCAUUUUAAGUUUCAAUCCGAUAACAAAAAGACUCGGGAAAUUUGAAAGGAGGUGUAAAUGAUUAAACUGUGCAAAUAUUUAUCAACAAUGUGAAACCGAACCGACAGUAGAUUUGUAGCUGGACUUAAUAAUUUUCCCGAUCGCUUCCUCUGCAAAGCUGACUUUAUUCUUUCAAGGCACUUCACAAUUUUACAUAGCAGGUUUGUAAAGCCACCAUACUGAAUCUGAGAACUUUUCAAGAAAAUAAUCCUUGCAACACGAAGGGACCAAGAAAUGGUCAAAUGGGAAAAAAAGGAAUUUUACUCCUAAGCAAAAUAAGCAUGAUUUGCUCGUUGGCACUCUAUCGAUAGGUAUACCUAGUUUUAAAUCGUGUUAACCUGCGAUCAGGCUUUUUUUUUUUUCGGGGAAAUGGGAAAAAAAAGAAACGCCUGAUACAUGUACUUCACGAGUCGUCUGCCGCCCCCUAAUUAAGGUAUCUGUCAACAUUUGUGUUAUUGUACCAGAUUUUACCGGAAAUUCAAGAGGUUUGCAACAAAAGUGGCUAUUAUCGAGCCAUGCAAAUUAAUUUUAUUGUAACAGAAGACAUUUACAAUAAUUCUUAAAUCAGCUCCCACAAGCAAUAUUUUAAGACUGGUUUGUGACAUCAGCAUGGUAAUAGUGACGUUAUGUGAGAUGGUCUAUACCCAGUCUUGAUUCUGACAAGUCAAAAAUGUGACAUUAUUUUUCAGAUUGAUGUAGAUGGUCCUGAGGAUACCUCGCUUGAUGAGAUUCUUUCCGUAAUGGAUGAGAUACAAAAGGAGUUAAUGGAUGAAGGUCAGAACUCAUGAUAGAUUCUAAACUACUUGCACAUUGAAUCUUACGUGUAUCAUGUUACAUGUAUAUCUUACAUACUACCAUAAGUGGUCUUAGGCAAGCGCAAGAUUUUUUUUCACAAGAUGUACUGAAAACAAUUUACGGUUCUUUAAUUGAGCCUGUUUUUGACCACUGUAAUGCUGUCUGGGGUAGCCUGAAUAAAGGGCUAGCAAGCAAAAUUCAGAAAUACCAAAACAGGUCAGCCCACAUAAUUACCUCACGGGUGUAUGAAACGAGAUCAGCAGAUCUCCUUAAAUUUCUCGUGUGGAAUAAUUUAGCCAUGAGGAGGGACCAACGGCUUUGCCUUCUUAUACUUGAUGUCAUACUCAAAAACGUGCCUGAAUUAUAUCUGAGCGAACUCUUUCCAAUGAGCUGCAAAGGUAAUCCCCACAAAUCUUCCCUUGUAUGCACUUACAUACAAAACUGCUCGGUGAACCCUGUCAUUUGUUUAGGAUAAUACUUACUUCUUUGCCUGAUCACAGAGCGAAACAUUCUUGCUCAGUAUGAAGAAAACCUCAAGUUUGAAGAAGCCUCACUUUGUGCAGCCAUUGAAUGUCUUAGAACUGAUGAUGUGAUUUGUCCAGUCUGCAGGAGGUUGGUAGCAUCAAUCUAUGAACCGAUCACUAUUGAUUUGUUUUAUCAGUAGAUUAUUACAAGUUUACCUAAAUGUUUCAUAUAGUAUCAGUAACAUAAAACUGGUUGUAAAUUUUUGCAGAAUCAUCAAGUGUUGAGCUGGACAAGUGAAUAUGUUUUAUUUUUUGUUUUUGUAUCUGUUUCCCUUUGUUAUCAGGAAUCCAUUACACCAGAACAAACAGAUCAUUUUUUGUGCCUGUGGACUGAGAAUUGAUACUGAGGUGAGAUUAGAGGACACUGUGACAUACAUGAUAUUUUUGCUUUUACCCCAUAAUAAUGACUGUAGAAAAAAUGUUGNUUUUUAGAAUUAUUUUAAUUUUGUAGACUAUGGUUGUAAGGUUUUUAUUUGAAUAUAAGGUUUGUUUCCUUAUCGACUUAAUCUAUUUACUGAAUUUCAUAUUUAUUUUGCUCAUAUCAAAGUUCAUCAGGCUCUCCUACCACUGAUCUAAGUAAAAUGCAAGCUCUCUUCCCUCCGUUACUUGAAGCGCACAAACUGUUUUUCACUCAUGAAAAAAAAAAACACAUCCAAUCAGAAUCGCAAACAAUAGGGCCAUUUAUACGAGGAAAAAUAAGACGCGAACUUUCCGUAUAAACGGCACAUUUCAUCUAAAAUAAGACGCAGCUUAGCUAAUUAAGACGUGUCUUAUUAGAUAAGACAUGCUUGUAUAAAUGGUACAGUUCGUGUCUUAUUUAAGACGCGUCCUAUGUAAGAUGUGUCUUAUUUUUCCCCGUAUAAAUGGCCCUAAUGUUUUUUCCCAUGUGAGAAAAUGAUAAGUCCAAUCAAAAGCCACAUUGGUGUGUGAGUUUUGUGCCAAGUUUUCCACCUUGCAGCACUCCCUCGCUUACACACAUGUGGACUUUCCAUGAACUAUUCUUUAUACAGUACACUGUUUGUUAAGUUUGUUGCCAUGGUUAACAUAGUGAAAGCAAAAUAUAGUUAUCCUGGCAUAUAAAUUAUCCCAUUUUAAUUUUCGACACUGCAUAAGAAUAUUUUCUUUUAAAAUAAGUUUUGUUACUGUUAGUUACUGUUGUUAUUGUUACUGUUAGUUAUUUUGUCACCGAAAUUACUCUCACAGAAGGCAUAAACUUUGGCACAAUUAUGUGUUUUGAUUAACCUUGAUCUGUUGUCUUUGGUAGACUUGUUAACACAACUGUACUGAGGCCCAAAUAAUUUUAGAAUAAGGCUGUGAAAUUUUGCUUGAACAUACACAAAAUUCAAAUGACAACCCCCUUUUAACUAGCAUGAUUAAAAUCUACAUAUUUUCAAGUGCUACAAAAUCUCAGUUCUAAAUAACAGUACAACAAUCAUUUUUCAUUAGGAUUUUGGAAGGGUAAAUUUUUAGGUUUCUACAACAUGUUAUUUCUAUUUUUAAUAUUUCAAUGUUCACUUGUUGAGAAAGAAUUUUGAAUUGUACAACUCUUCAAAUUUGUACCUCCCUUUGAAUAAUAUCCCCCUUCUAAGUGUAAGUCAGUACAUCGUACUUUUUAGUGGCAGGUGAAAAGAAAAUGUAUCUGCUGUUCCACACCCUCUUCCAGUAAUUCAUUUCUCCAUUGAAAGUAAGAUCCCGGGAUUUUUCUAAUGAUGGGAUUCAAGUACACUAACAGUAAAUCCUCCCUUGAUUUUUCUUACUUAGUAUGAUGCAGUUAACCUGAUCUAUGUUAGAAACCAAAUUGAUGAGGCACUUGCAAUGCACAGGUAACUAUUCCCCCCCCUGGGAGGGGGGGCAGCUCCUUUUUUGGCCUAAACAGGUAUGUGCAACAAAACAGGGUAUGCUUUUUGGGGUUCUGCUGAGUUUUGAACAGAGUAACACAUGUCUUUCUGGACCAGGAACCUUGGAACAGGGUGUAAAUGUUGAAGGUGCACAGUCUACAUGUGUGGCAUGAACAAUAUUUCUCAGAAUCUAAUUCAAUGUUGUCACUUUGAAAUAACAUGUAAUUCUCUAUUUCAAGGGGAAUGAAUAAGGUUCAUGAAAAAAAAGGUAGCAAAAUGAAGGGGUUUUUUUUCAUUAAACAGGGUCAGGAACUUGGUGGUACACCCCAUCUACUACCUGGGUUAUGUUAUCACCAUUAGCCUUAAGUGUCAGACAUCUCUUCAACCCACCCCCACCCCCCUCCCCUUCCCAAUGGGCCGCUAGGUUAUCAGGAGGGGGGUGGGGCAAAGAGACAGCUGACACCUCUGACUAUAACUGAAUUUGUUUAAUAGCUAUUUGGAAUAAACCAGUUCAUACUACUCUUUUCUACUUUUCACCCUUAAAAGUGAACAACUUUGGCUGGCCCAACAGGCAACUUGCCGGGAAAAUACUCUAACAUGGUGGUGGCUCUUGGUCAGGGCUUUUUUCACAUUCUGAUGUGGCAAUACUUAGUGAGGGUUUUUCUUACAGAGUGGAGCAUUGCAUGGCAGAGCCUGAAUUUUGUUCAACAUUUGUGAAAGAACUGGGAGUAAGCAAUCUAAUUUCAAUAUGCAAGGUAAGAAACGUAAUGUUUGUUUAAAAAAAGUCCUUAUUACACAAGAGAACUGUAAAAUUUGCAAUACUCGCAGGAGUGGGAGUAACUACAGCUAAUUAAGAAAUGAAGACAAUAAAAAAAUAAUUAUUUUAUCGUCUUCCACCCAUCUUUUGCAGUCCUGGUCAUACCAACUGUCUAACUUGUGCUAUGCAUGCAUUUUCAUGCUCUUCUUUCAUUUUUCUGCUCCAUGCUUGGUUUUUGCAGCUCAGUUUGUUGGCAAGUUUCCCUGCUAGCAUUGUCCAUCAUUAUAGUAAAAAAAAGAUAGAGACGUGAAGUGAGAAGGAAACAGAAACUGAAAAGGAUUGUCCUCUCUUGGACUCAACUUGAUGUUUUUUCUUAAUAUAGAACACAUUUGGACAACCAUCAUUUUGCGAGUUCAAUAUCUUUUUGAGAAAGAUAAUCAGCUUUGCUGGUCAUGUUUGCAGUGCAUACUCUUUGCAGACCUACAUGCUUUUUUUUCUUCUUGCUUUGGUACUUGAUCGUUUAGAAGCCAGGAAGAGAAAACUGGAGUCGAAUUAUGUCCCACGAUUGUCUCUGGGAUCUUUACUGGGGACUCGCCCAACAGCUAUUGGCCAAUUAUUUCCUCGUCCCUACUACUAGUAACAGUCCCAGACUUCUUAGCAAAAAUGAUAAAUCGCCUCAGUUCCUGUCUUGUUUCUAAAGCGGUGAAUUGGCUUCACUUUUAGAGCUUCUACCUGUAACAAUGUCUUCCUAUAUCUCUAGAUGUCACUCCCAAAAACUAAAGGAGGGAAAAGAAUGAAAAAACCGCAUGAUUGCAGAUUUUUAAAUCUGUACCCUCAAAAUUAAGUCGUUUUUUUUUCCUACCCCUAUUUACUACCACAUUACUGUUAGGGGCUGUCCACACUUACCCAGGGGCAAAAUGGUGCUGUGUUCACACCGUGAAUACCUGAUAUAUACAACUACAGGUGUACAUGAUUACUCCAUCUUGCCCUGUCAGACGCCAUUUUGAAACUUGAGCUUAGCAGUGAGAACAAAGCAGUGGACUGCCCCAGAACUCACGAAAAACGGUGUGCUUACAGAACCCAUAGACCUUGUACUCGGACACUGGCACCGUGCCCAAAUUCUUGCUUGGGUACUUGAAGUUUGGGUGGGUUCACAUUAAUGCCCAGCAAGUAUUGACUCGGGCACCUUGCCCAGGCACCAGGUGUGAACGCUGCCUUAGAUUCCUUAUAUGUUCAUUUUGUUCUUUUUCAGGCCUGUGAAUUUAUGUACAUUGUAAUUUGAUACAAGAGAACGGUAGCAGCCUUUGGGGACAUAUCACUUCGAUUACUCUAUCAAGUGUCUGAAUAUAAACUUCAUAAAUUUGUAGAUUUAUUUAAUGUAUGAUAGCAUUUAUUAUUGAGUUUUGUACAAAUUUAGAUAUUUCUAGUGAGAAUAAAGUUAUCUAUUGUAUUUUAUUAGUAGGAUUUUGAUAGUCUGGCCUGCUGUGAAAACUUCUAUAACAAGGGAUCAUGGGCAUUUUCCAUUAAAGCAAACUGUGAACCUCAUAAUUUCCCAUUCAACCGUUAAAUUUGACCUUUGAGGGGGGGGGGGGGCUCCCCCCCCCCCCCUCCCCCACCCAAUGGGCCGCUAGGUUAUCGGGAGGGGGGUGGGGCAAAGAGACAGCUGACACCUCUGACUAUAACUGAAUUUGUUUAAUAGCUAUUUGGAAUAAACCAGUUCAUACUACUCUUUCUACUUUUCACCCUUAAAAGUGAACAACUUUGGCUGGCCCAACAGGCAACUUGCCAGGAAAAUACUCUAACUUGGUAGUGGCUCUUGGUCAGGGCUUUUUUCACAUUCUGAUGUGGCAAUACUUUAAUAGUGAGGGUUUUUCUUACAGAGUGGAGCAUUGCAUGGCAGAGCCUGAAUUUUGUUCAACAUUUGUGAAAGAACUGGGAGUAAGCAAUCUAAUUUCAAUAUGCAAGGUAAGAAACAUAAUGUUUGUUUAAAAAAAGUCCUUAUUACACAAGAGAACUGUAAAAUUGGCAAUACUCGCAGGAGUGGGAGUAACUACAGCUAAUUAAGAAAUGAAGACAAUAUAAUAAUAAUAAUUAUUAUUAUUAUUUUAUUGUCUUCCACCCAUCUUUUGUAGUCCUGGUCAUACCCAGUGUCUAACUUGUGCUACACAUGUGUUUUUCUGCUUUUCUUUCAUUUUUCUGCUCCAUGCUCGGUUUUUGCAGCUCAUCUUGUUCGCAAGUAUCCCUGCUAGCAUUGCCCAUCAUUAUGGUAAAAAAAAGAGAGAGACAUGAAGUGAGAAGGAAACAGAAACUAGAAAGGAUUGUCCUCUCUUGGACUCAACUUGAUGUUUUUUCUUUAUAAUAUAGAACACAUUUGGACAACCAUCAUUUUGUGAGUUCAAUAUCUUUUUGAGAAAGAUAAUCAGCUUUGCAGAUCAUGUUUGCACUGCAUACUCACUGCAGACCUACAUGCAAUUUUUUCUUGCUUUGGUACUUGAUGGUUUAGAAGCCAGGAAGAGAAAACUGGAGUCGAAUUAUGUCCCAUGAUUGUCUCUGGGAUCUUUACUGGGGACUCGCCCGACAGCUAUUGGCCAAUUAUUUCCUCGUCCCUACUACUAGUAACAGUCCCAGAUGUCUUUGCAUAAGUUAACUCGCCUCAGUUCCCUUCUUGUUUCUAAAGCGGUGAAUUGGCUUCACCUUUAGAGCUUCUACCUGUAAUCAUGUCUUCCUAUAUCUCUAUAUGUCACUCCCAAAAACUCAAGGACGAAAAAGAAUGAAAAAACCGCAUGAUUGCAGAUUUUUAAAUCUGUACCCUCAGAAUUAAGUUGUUUUUUUUUUCCUACUCCUAUUUACUACCGCAUUACUGUUAGGGGCUGUCCACACCUACCCAGGGGCAAAAUGGUGUUGUGUUCACACCGUGAAUACCUGAUGUACAACUACAGGUGUACAUGAUUACUCCAUCUAGCCCUGUCAGACGCCAUUUUGAAACUUGAGCUUAGCAGUGGACAAAGCAGUGGACUGCCCCAGAACUCACAAAAAACGGUGUGCUUACAAGGACCCAGAGACCUUGUACUCGGACACUGGCACCGUGCCCAAAUUCUUGCUUGGGUACUUAAAGUUUGGGUGGGUUCACCUUAAUGCCCAGCAAGUACCGUACUCGGGCACCUUGCUCAGGCACCAGGUGUGAACGCUGCCUUAGAUUCCUCAUAUGUUCAUUUUGUUCUUUUUCAGGCCUGUGAAUUUAUGUACAUUGUAAUUUGAUACAAGAGAACGGUAGCAGCCUUUGGGGACAUAUCGCUUCGAUUACUCUAUCAAGC